UGUGCCUGGGGCAAAUGUGCCUCUGCAAGACUCCCUCCUGCGCUUGGAAAGCGACCACCGUGAGCCCCGGGUUCAAAGGCCCAGCUCGACAGCUCCAGCCCCUCCGAGGGGCGGGGAGCCGAAGGGGGUGGUGCGGGAGCCAGAAAAGCCGGAGCCCAGCCGGCCAGCCCUGCACAGGGAUGGGCAGCGCGCUCUGAAAGUUCGUGACCGCCGCAGCCAACUAACUCUGAGCGCCGGGACGCACAGGUCAGGCAGCGGCAGAACUCGAAAGCUGUACCCUGUCCCAGUGCCCUUUCUCGGUCACAAGCGUCCACCCUCCAGGCCCGGUGCCCCAGCGCCUGAUCGGGGUUCAUGGAGCCUGGGCUGUUGCUCCUUCUGGGGCUCACAGCGACCUCCGCUGCAGGAUUUGCGCCUUACCCCAACCCCGGGGGCUCUGGAAGAGCCAGUGUGUCCCAGGGGCCCCCUGAAGCCGGAUCGAAGGGGGACUGUAAAGAGACUGUGGCUGGCCCUGAGGAGAGGACUGUGGCCCCAACAGCUGCCCCACCUGCCCCACCUGGAGGUGCUGGGCAGGACUGGGGAGCAGGCAGGCCUGGGGAGCGGAAGGGCGAGGGGGUCCCCGCACGCCACCGUCCUCGGCGCUGCACGUGCUUCACUUACAAGGACAAGGAAUGUGUGUACUACUGUCACCUGGACAUCAUCUGGAUCAACACCCCUGAACAGACUGUGCCCUAUGGACUGUCCAACUACAGAGGAAGCCUCCGGGGAAAGAGGUCCUCUGGACCAUUUCUGGAAAGCUCCCAGCCUUCUCCACGGACCCAUUUGCGCUGUGCUUGUGUGGAGACAGACGACAAGGCCUGUGCACACUUCUGCAUGCAUACUACAGGUGUCGCCAGUGAUUCCAGGAGAGCAGAAAGACCAGCUGAAGAGGAGAAGAGAGAGACAGGAGGCCCACGUCAAAGGUUGAAGUAGAGAACAGAUAAAGGCCUCCAGCCUUAAUGAGCCCUAGCAGGCUACAACCGAUGCUUCUUUCUUCCUGCAGUGGACUUCAUCCUCGCCCUCUCUGCCUGCCAACGACCUUCCAGGAAAGAGGCAUGGUGCUUACACAGUUUAACUUUCCACCUCUUUAGGGACAGGGGGAGAGUUGGCCUGAGGCAAAAAAAAAAGAAAGAAAGAAAAAAGAAAGACCCACCCAAAGAGUCCCCCCCUUACUGGUACAGCCCUAUUCCAAGAAUGCCCAAGUCCAAAAGACCCCAGUUCCCUAAUGGGUAAAAUGAUCCCACAUGUGCCCCGGGGGCCAGAUGCCUGUGGCUCCAGUUUCACAAGGAAAUUGUUUGGGAGGUACAUUAAGUCAGAAAGCUACUUACUGACUUUUGACAUGAGGCCUCUUGGAGAGUAAGUGGACACCAGGCUGGCUCUUGGCAAAAGUAAACACGCGUCCGUCUCCUAGAAGACACAGGACACCCAUGUGGCCGGAGUAGGCCUGCUUCUGCAGCCUGCAUGGCCCGUGCAAGUAGCGAGCUGCGAAGCAUCCAUCCGAUUGAGACCUAGGGCCCAGAUGUUGCAGUUCACAGGAUUUAGCAACUUUUCAGCCAUGCUUAGUGUUCACCAGAAAAGCGGACCUCAAAAUUAAGAAGAAAAAGGAAAGAAGAAACCUAGAUGUUGAUGAGACAAAAAAAGAAGGAAAAAAUGCAUUCUUGAUGGUUUUGAAUUUUGGAGCACUCAGCAAAGAGCUGUGGGUUCUGCAAUGGCCUCUGUUUUGGAGUUCCCGAGCCCACCUUGCAGCAAGCUGCCCUGAGGAAAGCACCAGCUCAAGGCUGUUAGGCUGCUGGAUAUCUACUUUCAUGAAUAAAUGUGGAUCUUUGGGGAGUGGCUUGUGGAGAAGCUGAAAAUACAAACUCUUUGUACAUUAUGUAAAUUCCUGUUUAUCUAUAUAAUUGGCAACAACUGGGAAUUGUAACUCCUGGUGUCUCAAAAUCUCUUUUAGCUGAGCUCUUUCAGCUGUGUUCAUGGUGAGUGUGGGGGAUGAAGAAGGGGGGGCAGACUGUGAGUCCCCAUGUAAAUUCUGUUCUGCAGGCUCAGCUGGGACAGUCUGCCCACCUCCCCUCUGGGCCUCACAGCAAUGUGAACCUGUCUUUGGGCAUGUGCCAAGGGCGCCAUGCGGAGACACUUUAGCUGUUGUGUGAAGUGGGGCUUUAACCAGAUGGUAAACUUCAGAGGCUCGUCUCCUAAGUUAUUACAGGUGUGAACAUGCCUGCCUAUUGCUGGGGGGUGGGAGGAGGGAGAGUGACGGUUUGCUGGUGUUGGGGGAUUGUACAGUUUAGAGAAGUAAUUAUUUAUUGGGGAACUAUUUUCUACUUAACUUCUUUAGGGGAUCUACUAAAAGGAAAGGCAUUGUAGAUAGGUAGACAGACAAAUUUUUAAAUUGUGUUUAUAUCCCUUAGCACAUACUUCAAGCACACACUAUUCAAGACCGUGGCCAGACUGUAUCUUAAAGACACCUCUACUCACUGUGCGAACACUUAGAAGAUAAGUCAACUGCAUAAUAAAAAAUCUGAAUGUUU